AUGGGCGAUGAAGUCCUCAGACAGUUUAUCUUAGAUUCCGAUCAGGAGGUGCAAGAUUCUCCGAACGCCCGGAGGUCCCAAGGAACCUUUGAAAGGUCAAUCUGUAGAGACGCUGAUUUCAUCGACAUCGCAAAUUCCCAGCCAAAGGUUUUGAAUAACAACAACCGAACUUGCAACAGGCAAGCGGCCACCGCCAAGCGAGCAAUGCUCAACAAAAGUCAUCCCAUUCCCAGUGUUUCCGCCGCUGGCGGUGUCCGCGGCCGAAUGAAUGUGCAAUCGCACAAGAAUCUGCAGACUGCGGAAUCUUCACGAACCACUUCCGGCCCAAAAUCAUCCAUUCCAAAGCACUGUCCUCAACCCCCGACAUUCACAACCGUACCAGGUAUCGCAGCCCCUCCGCCUCAUGCUAAGAAAACUCAAGUCAAGCGACGUCCCCCGUUGCCGGCCACCGAACCUGAUACAAGGGGCCAUUACGAAGCCUCAUCCUGUCACCAAUGUCGUACCAAGACUACUCGACCGAAAAUGAUCUGCGAUCAAUCAUUCAACCCAAACUGUGUUGUUCGAAUAUGUCGCCCCUGUUUAAUGGAUCGGCCUGCUUACGACGGCAUGCCCAAGCUUCGGGGCCCACAAUUCCAAUUCCAACCCGGCGGGAAAAUCCUUUGCAUGAAAUGCAGGAAUAUCUGUCCUUGCAUUACGUGUCGGAAGGCGCGGGGUGAGAACCGAGAGAUGGGUAACGGUCUGAACGAAUUUUACGACUUACGGGAUGAGGCAAAAUUGGAUGCGCUUUUGGGGAAAAAUAAGAAGAAAGACAAAGCUGGGUUCAAGAAGUCGUCACGCCCCUGUCCGAGCCGCGUGGAGAAAGAGCCGAUCGUUGGGAAUCAAGAUACAAGAACACCCGCGGAGGCCCAAAAGCGCAAGACUAGGCAGCAGGAAGCUGGCUUGGAUGAAGUAAUUUGCUUGGAAAAAUCUUGGGCCGAGCUUUCCAGCAAACGGGAACGAAUCACCUCUGCCGAUCGAUCCAUACCAGGGAGCGGGAGCAGCAAGAUCGACGUGAAUUUGGAUAUCCUAUCCAAACAUACUGGCAAGAGGGCGUCCACGGUUCGAGAUUCGUCCGAUCUAGACCGGGAACCAGGAUGCUCGCGGAAACGAAAGCUAUGUGCCGAGCAGCUUACAGAGAUUGAUAGCAAUUGCGGAGAGGACGACUCGCCGAUCACGAUGGAUCGACCCAUCAAGUCAGAGAAAUCCAUCAAGUCAGAGCGACCCAUCAAGUCAGAGAGUGCUCCAGAAAGCCCUGCGUCGAUGGCCUCGAUCACACACAUUAAGCUCCAACUGUGGGAGCUCGAACUCGAGAAAGCACGGGAAGAACAUGCGCGAAAGAUUGCUUCAGCUGACGCGGAGGCUAAAGCUAAUAUGAUGCAGGAGUUCUUGCGCUAUGAGCCGAUCGAGCGCAAGCUUCCAUCGCCGGGCCUUGAGCUGUUCAUGAGCUUUGUGUUCAAGCGAGCGUUGCUGAGUGCUGCUGAGUGCUCUAUCAAUUAUAUUUAUGUGCCUAAAAAUACCCAUUUAGCCACCCCAUCGUUGAAACUUGAGUAUUUGCCACUAGCUUGUUCAUCUCUAGAACCGGAUCGCGGUCAGAGGUGUUCGAUUGGCCUCGUAAUUUCAGCGCUGUGCGUAGCUUGA